AUGAACAACUCCGCUGAGAACUUCACCUCACCCGAGGUCCAUCCUUCUACCAACUUCACAACAAAUGAUUUUUCGCCAUUUGUUGGUCUCAGGAUCGGUGUGCUAUGCUUUCAUCUACUGUCUGGUGUUCCUAUAUAUGCCUAUGUUUUGUGGCUUAUUGCAACAAGAAGAAAUGGAGUUGCAUCAGAGUUUUUCAACUUCAAUCUCAAUGUUUGCGAGAUCUUUUUCUCUCUGACUUCAUUGGCCUUUCUACUGUCAGAAAGGUUUCCAGGUCUUAUGACAUUACAGAGAUUUUUACUUGGACUUGCCAUCACUGUUCGUCCUCUGUUUCAAUGUCUGAUCUGCAGUGAGCGUUUUAUGGCUGUGCUCCAUCCCGUCGACUUUCUGAAGUUCAAGCCGUUUAGAUAUAAAAUUGUCUGUUCUGUUGUUGUCUGGCUGAUGGGUCUCGGCUCGUGUUUGUUCUGCAUGUUUAGCCUGCUCUCAUUUAAUAUGUAUGCAUUCACAUGGUUCAUCCUAAUACAGUUCCUACCAUUUCUCUUCAUUCAGUUGUUCUGCUGUUUGGCUGUUCUCAGAGCUCUGAAGCAGUUAGGUCCAGGAGAGAGAGGGAGAGUUGGAGGCGAGGAAAACCACAUGAAGCGAAAAGCUUUUUAUCUCAUUCUAAUAAUUACUGUGACAAUGGUUAUCAUGUUUACCCCCUUUAUUGUUAUGGGAUUCCUCUAUAUUUUGCAACAUGAUAUUUCAGUUGUCUUGCCAAUAAGUUUUAUCUGUUUUAUUCUGGCUGGUUUUGUGCAGCCUAUUCUUUAUCUGCACCGGGCUGGGAAACUUUCCUGCUUUUGUUCUUCAUAA